AUGAAGGCGCUAGCCCACAAGUUCAAGGUCCAUCAUGACCUAACCUUGGCCUACUGCCCCUGGCGCAAUGGAACGGUUGAGCGGAUGAAUCGCGACAUCCUCCAAGUGAUGCGGGUCAUGCUGCGAGUGUACCAGCUAGCCGAACAAGAAUGGGACCACCUAUUGCCGGUGGUCCAAGCCAACCUCAACCAAACACCGGCAGCAUCACUGGCGAGCAAAUCACCGAUGCAGCUGUUCACGGCUCUAAACCUGGCGACUCCCCUGGAUGUCAUCUUGGUGGGCAUGAACAAGGAACUCCGAGAGAGCGACUGGACGGUCAAGGACAUCCCCAAAAACUUGGACAAGCUGCGUGCUAGCCUGCAAGGCAUGCACAAAGAAGUCCUAGACAAGAAUGCGAUGCGUGCGGCGAAAGCGACGAAAGCGACCGAGAAAUACGAACAAUGCAAUGUCAGCGAGGGCGACUAUGUGCUCUGGUUCCGCGUCGACGAACGUUAUCACCCCAAGCUGCUCGUAACCUGGACGGGCCCCUACCGAGUCAAGGAAGUGGGCGAAUUCUCCGUCGUUUUGGAGCACUUGGUGACUCGUGAACUGCGGGAAGCACACGCAUCAAGAGUCAAGCUCUACGCCGAAGACAGCUUUGGAGUGACCGAAGAGAUCCUCGAACACGUUUCCGAGCAAGGGACCAUGCUGAAGGUCAAGUCCAUCGCGGGACACAAGUUUGUUCCGGAUGUGAAAGAUUUCAUGCUGGAAGUGCUUUGGGAAGGGUUUGAAGAUAUCGAGUCCUCAUGGGAACCGCUGCAGAAGCUCAUGCAUGAAUGCUCGACUGUGGUGAAGAACUACGUUGAAGGCGUGAAGACAGCGAGCGAAGGCGAUGCGUUGCGCAAGGCAAUGAAGCGAGCGAGGGCGAAGAAUUAG